AUGACCAUUGACACCCCCCUCCCCGCCACGAUGAAGGCGAUCAUGGCACGGGGCAAGUACAACCUCAAACUUGAGGACGUGCCCGUUCCCCAGAUCGAGAUGCCGACGGAUGUGAUCCUGAAGACCCGCGUAUCCGGCUUGUGCGACCCGACGCAGGGCUACAUUAUCGGUCACGAGGUCGUAGGCGAGGUGGUCCGCAUCGGCGACGCCAUCAAGAACUUCAAAGUCGGUGACAUUGUGGCCGCACCGUUUGCGAGCAACUGCGGAGCAUGCUUCUACUGCGACAAGGGGUACACUGCGCGCUGCGCCCAGUCUGAAGGGUACGGCUGUGAGGCCCUAAACGGAUGCCAGGCCGAGUACGUCCGCCAGCCUCUUGCUGAUAGUUCCCUGUUUCCCGUGCCCGAGGGGAUGAGUGAAGAGGCGAUGUUGCUCCUGGGCGAUAUUCUACCCACGGCCUACUCGUGUGCGUACCACGGUCGUAGGCUGCUGGACGAGGACGAUGACCGGGAGAUGAACACCCCUAUUGACGCCGUUGCCGUUGUGCUCGGCUGUGGCCCGGUCGGGCUGUGCUGCGUCUCGAGCGCCAAGAGCAUGUUCAAGACCGUGUACGCGACCGAUCCGUCCGAGGAACGCCGAGCCCAGGCUGCGAAGCACGGUGCGAUUGCUCUCCCUCUCGAAGAGCUCCAGGCUACUCUUUCCAAGACGACGGACGGACGAGGAGCCGACGUAGUCCUGGAGCUGGUCGGAAACACGCCCGCACUGCAUACCGCGCUUGAGCUCGUGCGGCCCUUCGGUGCAGUCAGCUCGAUCGGGAUGCACAUGAAGCCACUCGAGCUGCAUGGCGAAGCCCUGUAUGCCAAGAACGCUCGACUCCAGUUCGGCCGCUGCUCUGUGCGCAGGUUCUUUCCUGGCGCACUCAGGGUGUUGCAGCAGAACAGGGAGCUGUUCGACGCGUUCAUCCAGCAUCGUAUCCGAUUCGACCAGUUCGCCGAGUACUACGAGCUCUUCGACAAGGGCAAGAUUGGCAAGACGGUGUUCUACGCCGAUGAUGUGCCUAUUCCUGGUGCUUAG